AUGUCAGAUCCGGAGUCACAGCCGCUGUCUCGCCACGACAGUCUGAUCUCUGUUGCAUCAGCAGGCAAAUCAGAGUUUCCAGCUGAGCUGGUUGGGAAGAAAGUACUGCUCGCCACCGAAUCACUCGGACCCGUCAACGGCGUCUCGAGGACCACGCAGAGUCUCGUGGACUAUCUCCGAAAUCAUGGCGUCCAUGUCGCGACCUGCGCCCCCUACUACAAAGGCCAGCCCAUCACAGCCGACUCGAAGCCGGAAAGGCUACCCAUCGUCAACAAAGAUUGGACGAGAUCGAUUGAAGCAAAGGCAGCCUCGCUAGGCUCGAGAGCGAUUGGUGGAGCGUGGUCCUGGCACUUCGAUCGUGAUGAUCCCGAAAGGGAGACCCAGCCGCUGCUCCAGACCCAGCAGAAGCCACCCAUGCUGAAUCGUCAGAGGAGCGAGGACGCUCGACGCAAAAUCCAGCAGGCUCGUAGGGAGAGAGCAAAUCCCGAAUUCCGCCUCCAAGGCACGCCUCUGCCAUACAACCCCGACCUCACAGUGGCCUACCCAUUCCGUCUCGGAAAGGUGUAUGACAACACCUUCAAGCCCGAUAUCAUCUACCUGGCGAGUCCCGCUUCAGUCGGUUUCCAGUUCCUGGUGCAACUACGGCAACUCGACAACGCUCCCCCGACGCUGCUCAAUUUCCAGACUGACCUCGCUGCGUAUGCUGGAAUUCUGUUUGCGUCCCCUCUUGAUCGCUAUGGCGCUUGGCUGUUGCAUGUUGUGCAAGGUUUUCUGUUCCGCGCUGCUUGCGUGCACACCAUCUUCUAUCCCUCGGCAUAUGUGCGCAAAUACAUGGAAGGCACUGGCGCUCCAUCAGAGAAGAUGAUCCAGCUUGGGCGUGGCGUUGACACGCAACUUUUCAAUCCAAGCAAGCGCGAUGACGAGUACAGACGAUCUAUAGCUCCAGAUGGAGAGAUCAUCUUCUGCUGCAUCUCGCGCAUUGCGCCGGAAAAGGGAUUUGAAUUUCUCGCACAAGCUGCCAUGAAGCUGAAGGAGACUGGCCUCAAAUUCAAGCUGCUCAUUGUGGGCGGCAACAAGAAUCCAGCAGUUAUGAACGAGGUCCAAAGCUAUUUCAAAGAAAUGCAAGAUCAGGUGGUCUUCACCGGCAUGCUCCGUGGCGUCGAGCUCGCCAAAGCAUACGCUGCGGCUGACGUGUUCCUGCACUGCUCCAUUACCGAAACAUUUGGUCUUGUGGUACUGGAGUCCAUGGCCUCUGGCGUGCCAGUCGUUGCUCGCGAUGAAGGUGGCCCCAGCGAGACUGUCAAGCAUGGACGAUCCGGCUACCUUGUGCCACCGCAAGAUCUCGACACAUUCGUCGACUAUGCCUACGAGCUUGGGACCAAUCACGCACUUCGCGAAGAGAUGAUCGGCAACGCUCGCGAGCAAGCCUUGAACACUACGUGGGAUAAGAUCAACAACCAAGUCGCGAUGCGGCUCACGGAGGCGUUGCGUGAGUCCAGAGAUCAGCUACAAAACGUUGGCUACUACGGCACAUGGGCAGCGAUGUUCCGUGUCUAUUUGGCUGUUGGAUUGGUUUGGAUCUUCUGGUUCAUUGCGGUCAUUCCUAUGCUGAUCUGUGGAUUCGUGCAUGGGCUUUUCAAGUAGGCACUCAUAUGACACGUGCCCAGCAACAAGCAGCGGAGGCAGACAUAGCGCGCUCACGUAAGGCACGAAGCUGAAGGCUGGCCAGGACCACAUUUUGGAUAUGUCGCGUAAACGACGGGGACUUUUGGGAGGAUGACUUGAUAUUAGCACUAUACCCGACAGAUCGUGCGCUGUAGCGGCCG